CGGGGGAGCAGAGAGCAGCAGUGUAGGAAAAGAGGAGGAAGCAGCGAGGAUGGCGGAGUCACACCUCUGAAGCAAACCGUUGAGGGAUUACAAAAACCUUGAUGACCCUUUGAGCCAUAAGGAAUUCCACAAGUUUUACCUAAAAGUCCUGGGAUUGCAUGCAGCUUCAACGCUUAAGCAUGUGGCCCAUGAAUGCCACAGAUCAGCUUCUUCGAAGGAUUUUUUACUCAAAAAGAAACAUUUGAGAAGUGGUCAAACUGUCAAAGACUGGUUUAAUGUGUGGCCCUGCACAGGGAUGCUUUCUUUAAAAGCCUCCUCAACUGUCCGUGUUUCUUUUUUCCCCUGAAUAAGUAACCUGACGAAAAGUCCCAUGAGCACUUCUGCAGGACGCCCGAUAACGUCGACAUGAGUAGUACUUUAGGCAAAGAAAAAGAUUCAAAAGAAAAGGACCCUAAAAGUGGUUCGGGAGGCAAAGAAAGGGACAAGGAGGCCAAGGCUCAGGCAGGCCUCGCCAAGGAUGGGGGCAAAGAAACAAAGACCAAAGGGAAAGAAGCCAAAGAAGGUAAGAAGGACACCAGCAGCUCUGCACCAGGUGUUGCCUUCUCCGUUGACAAUACGAUAAAGCGGCCAAACCCAGCACCAGGUACACGCAAGAAGUCCAGCAAUGCCGAGGUGAUUAAGGAGCUUAACAAGUGCCGGGAGGAAAAUUCCAUGAGAUUGGAUCUAUCUAAACGCUCUAUUCACAUGCUGCCCACCUCCAUUAAGGAGCUGACGCAGCUAGCAGAACUCUACCUAUACAGCAACAAAUUGCAGAGCCUACCACCUGAAGUGGGCUGUCUCUCAGGCCUGGUCACUUUGGCCCUGAGCGAGAACUCCUUAACCAGUUUGCCCGACUCACUGGACUCUCUCAAGAAGCUUCAAAUGCUCGAUCUUCGGCACAACAAGCUGAGAGAGAUCCCGGCAGUAGUCUACCGUCUGAAGUCCCUGAAGACGCUCUACCUACGCUUCAACCGCAUCACGACGGUGGAGAAAGACAUUCGGAACCUUUCCAAGCUCACAACGCUCAGCAUCCGGGAGAACAAGUUCAAGCAGCUUCCCGCAGAGAUAGGGGAACUUUGCAACCUCAGUACUCUGGAUGUUGCCCAUAAUCAGUUGGAGCACUUACCGAAGGAGAUUGGGAAUUGCACACAGAUAACCAACCUAGAUUUGCAGCACAAUGAGCUCUUAGACCUCCCAGAGACUAUAGGAAACUUUGCCAGCAUAAACCGCUUGGGCCUGAGAUACAAUAGAUUGUCAGCCAUCCCCAGAUCGUUAGCCAAAUGUCGAGAAUUGGAAGAGCUUAAUCUUGAAAACAACAACAUUUCAGUGUUACCAGAGGGCCUCCUCUCAAGUUUGGUCAAACUGACUAGCCUGACACUAGCAAGGAACUGCUUCCAGUCAUAUCCUGUGGGCGGACCAUCCCAGUUCUCUACCAUCUACUCACUCAACAUGGAGCACAACCGUAUCAACAAGAUCCCAUUUGGAAUCUUCUCCAGGGCCAAAGUUUUAAGCAAGCUUAACAUGAAGGACAACCAGUUAACUUCUCUGCCAUUGGACUUCGGCACAUGGACCAGCAUGGUGGAGCUUAACCUAGCCACCAAUCAGCUGACUAAGAUCCCAGAGGAUGUCUGUGGCCUGGUGUCUCUGGAGGUGUUAAUUUUGUCAAAUAAUCUUCUGAAGAAGUUACCACAUGGUAUUGGCAAUUUGAGAAAGCUUCGAGAGCUUGACUUGGAGGAAAACAAGUUGGAAUCUCUCCCCAAUGAAAUUGCUUAUCUCAAAGAUUUACAGAAAUUGGUGUUGACAAAUAACCAGUUGACGACGUUACCCAGAGGAAUUGGCCACCUCACCAACCUGACUCAUCUGGGUCUGGGGGAGAAUCUGCUGCAACAUCUUCCUGAAGAGAUUGGCACCCUGGAGAACCUGGAGGAACUGUACCUCAAUGACAACCCCAACCUGCACAGCCUCCCCUUUGAGCUGGCCCUGUGCAGCAAGCUGUCCAUCAUGAGCAUCGAGAACUGUCCCCUAAGCCACCUGCCGCCCCAGAUUGUGGCCGGGGGCCCCUCCUUCAUCAUCCAGUUUCUCAAGAUGCAGGGACCGUACCGUGCUAUGGUCUGAGGCCAGAGCUGGCCCUUCCGCUUGCUCUGCACCCUGCCUGCCCGCCCCAUUCCGUGUAUCAUACACUGUAAGUAGUCGUUUCGCCCACGAUCAGUGUCAGGGGGCGAAGAAGAAGAGGUGGUGGGCGGAAAAGAGACUCUUUCUCUCACAGUCUUAGGGCAGAUACGAGGAGAAACAAUUGAGACUCUACAUUGCUCCACUUUAUUACGGUCAUUCUCGGACCCUGCAAGCCCCACUCAUGUUUUCAUUCCGAACCGUACAGGAGGAAAAUAUUUCCAUCUCUUUGCCAAAACUGAAGAUAUAUGAAUUUAUAUAUAUUGAGUAACUGUGAGCUAAGUGGCGAGUCUUUUAAUCAUAAGCGUGCUCCCAUUGCCAAUGUAUUUACAGUAAUUACAAGCAUCUACUAUGUGAGCGAGGAUACAGCUAUAUGCAAAAACAAACAAAACAAGUCUUUGGAACUUCACAUUUACUGCUGCUGCCAUAAUUUAACGUGUCAUCUUUUUUUUUAUAUAUAUAUAUUUUAUUUUUUACAUCAUCCUUUCUCUCUGGAGAAAUCGUGUGUUAAUUACUUCUUGACCAUAAAGAACAAAGGUCUAAUGAUGGCUUGUUUAUAAUUUUUUGUACUUUUUUUUUUAUUAUUUUAUUUUACAAUUUCAUUUUUUUUCUAAACUGUGCCUAUGUUUAGAAUGAUCCAGUGGUUCAUUUCUAAACACUAUUGUCCAUGAGAAUACAAAGACAUAAAUUAUUUUUUUUUUAUUACUGCUGUUUUUAACUUUUGUCUUGCUGUUGGAUUUAUCUGUUCCAGCGAUAUCAUCACUUAUAAAAUAGGGCGAUUGGUGGUGUUUUUUUAAAAAGAAAUAGCAGCAGUAGUUGUAAAAUGUAAAGCUAGUAAUGUAUACAUAUGAGAAAUACCAAUCAAAAAAAAAAAAAAGCAAGUUGGACUUUUCUCCAGCGUGGGUGGUGCCGUGUGACCCUGCCCCCCAUCUGUUAUUGUGUGCUAAAAGAUACAUAGGUGACGGGAUAAAUGACGGGAGACGUUUUUAUAUAUGUAUACAAAUCCUGGUUGUUGCCUUGAGUGCAAUUUUACUUCAGUUUACUUGUUUGAUAUUCUCUUCAGUGUUGGGCUAAAUAGCUGUCAUCCACUUGAUCAUUGACCAACAUAUCAAACAUUUUUAAAGGACUUAAGUUGGCGAGUGUAUCAGAGCCUCAAAAAAAAGGUUUGAUCACAAAACAUUGGCAGGUAACCCCUUCUUAACACCUUUUUUUUAAUAUUCAUUUGUCUUUUGUUUUUGACAGGGUUCCCUUAAAACAAAGUUCCUUUUUAACUUAAUUUUUUUUAUAUGAUAUUUUGUCCCACACUGUCCCAGUAAUGCUGCUGCUCUUAUGCACUUUUUUGGAAUAAAUACAUUGGCAUCCUCUGUUGAAAACAAACGCAGUAGCCUCUCAUUGGUUAUUUUUGAAUGGGGGCAUUUUUUUUCAUUAAGAAGUAUUUUAUCUUGUAAAAUUGCAUCACUUGGAUAGAACUGAGUCAGAACACUCGGUUGAGGAGGUUUUAUCCUGUCAAUGUUAAAAGGAACUAUUGAAGUGUAUAAGUUCCCAUAUCCUGCUUCUUCUUUCUUCAUGGCAAGUGAAAUGACUUGUUCUGCUUGGCGUUUUUAUUUUAUAUCAUUGAAUGUUUUUUUCUAAAUAUGUGUAUUCACUUAGUAUUAUUUCAAGUGACUGUACAUUAAAAAUACCAACAGUGGUAAUCAAACACCAUUUUUU